GUGGGAGGCUGUGUCGUGUGUGUGUGUGUGUGUGACAGAGAAGAGCUGAAGGUGAUCGCGGGAGCGGACCGUACGCGCUCUUCACGGAGAACGGACACUGGCACCAUAUUUGCUUCAUAUCAGUCUGAUGAGAUACUGUAUAUCGACAAGUUUAAUCGCGACCACAGCCGGGGUUUUUUAGGAGAUCUGGACAAACUGGUUAACACUCCCCCUCAUCCUCCUCCUCCUCCACCUCCAGGCGUGGGCUGCUCGCACUCCAACGUGCUGGGAAUCAAAAGCCGCACGACAGAGAGCUGCGAUUUCCCGUGCCCAACGCGCCAACGUUCAACUCACAAUAUCGGAUUCAUUCGUGCAAACGGCGGAUGUAAUUUAUCGGAGGACAUGAGCCGGAGGCUUCCUUCAAUUGCACAAGCGUCCUUGGCUGGAUAACACUCUUUAAACCGGGCUCGAUACAGCUCACUCGGCAGAGAUUGAAUCAGUGACGAGGUCCGAACAAGUGUACGCGUUCACAACUCAAGCUCCAAGAGCGGUUAGACGUUUCUGAUUACAUUUAUUAGGCUACAUCUGCGACAUCUGGACUUAUUCGCCAGUGCAGAGUAAAGGAGAACUAUGGAUAUCAAAUGGCUUACUAUAGCCUUUGCUGUUUUUGUGAGCUCUUGCUUGGCCCAGCGGCAGGUUACAGUGCAGCCCGGGCCCCUGAUUCGUACGGAAGGCUCUCAUAUCACCAUCUGGUGUAAUGUGACUGGCUACAAGGAAGGCGUAGAGCAGGACUUCGAGUGGUCCAUGUACUUUUACACAGCUCCUGAUCGAGAGAUCCGUAUCAUGAGCACGUCCCAGGACAAUUACGCCUACGCCUUGUUUGCCCAGCGUGUCAACAGCAAAGAGAUCUACAUCGAGAGGCUGAGUGGAGACUCGGCCUUGCUGCACAUAACCAAGCUGCAGGCCACUGACCAGGGCACAUUCGAGUGCUACACCCCCAACACUGACAGCCGCUACCUGGGCUCCUACAGCGCCAAAACCAACCUCACUGUGAUCCCGGACACUCUGACAGUUACAGCGGCUGCUCAGACUCUCUCGAAAGUGGAAGGGGACAUUCUACAGCUGAGCUGUGAGGUCGCACGCCAGACAUCACAGCACACUCAUAUGUCCGUGGGCUGGUACCUGCGCCCUGCUGAUGACCCCACAUCUGCUCCACGUGACCUAGUCACCCUGUCACGGGACUUUGUUUUAAGACCAGGGGGACAGUACCGCCAGCGCCUGUCUUCUGGAGACCUACGGUUGGACAAGACCAGCGCCACCACCUACCGUCUCACCAUCUACAAACUGCAGCCCACUGACCAGGGCGAGUUCUACUGCGAGGCCUCAGAAUGGAUCCAGGAUCAAGAUCAUUCUUGGUACGCCAUGACCCGGAAAGAGUCGGAGAAGACCUCUGUCAAAGUUCAGCCCACAGAUCGGGACUUUAGUAUCCAGGUUACCACCGAGCGCCGGGCCUACACGGCUGGUGAACCGCUGGAGCUCCGCUGCACCAUUGAUGCUCAGAAUGUUCCAGAGCGCUUUUUCUCGGUGUCGUGGGUCUUCAGCAGCUCAUCCGUAGCCGUGAUAGGGCCCAGUGCUGUUCCCGUACUGGGAACUAACUACAUGGAACGAGAGGCGGCUGGCCUCCUGACUGUGCGAAAAGAGAGCCCCUCCAUCCACCUGCUCAAGCUGCAACGGUUACUGCCUGAAGAUUCGGGAAAAUACAUCUGCAGAGUGACAGAGCGGGAAAAGACGCUAACCGGAGAUUUCAUCGACCGUAGCAAACGGUCCCGUAAUGUUCAGAUCACUGUAACCCCUCUCAGGAGUAAUAUCACUGUAUCUUUAUCUAGUGAGUCUUCAGAGAUUAUGGAGGGAGAAACCAUUCUGUUGACCUGCAUUGUUAACAACACUCUGGGUCCCCUGUCUGUGACUUGGCAGUGGAUGGAUAAGGACGGGGCGGGUCCUGCAGUAGACUUGGCCUCUGUGGACCGCGACGGCACAGUCACACCUGGGUCCACCUUAAGGGAGCGCAGCAGCUAUGGAGAGGUCCGGGUGGAGCGAGUUCGGCCAGACACAUUCACCCUGUCCCUGCAUAACGCCUUUCCCACAGAUGACGGGAUGUACCGCUGCAGUGCCAUUGAGUGGUCACAGAGUGGGACUGCACCUGACUGGGUCUGGCAGCAGAUUGGGGAUGAAACCGCCAUCAGAACCGUCACUGUAAAAUCAGUUGAAUUUUUCUUCUUCGUGUCUGCCUCCUCCCGUACACCCGGCGUGACGUUCGGUGACUCGUUUGACUUGCAGUGCAUUGUGAAGCCACGGCACAAUCCCAAUGUUCCUGCUGCAGUCACAUGGCGCUUCCUGCCUGCUGAGAGUGAUGGAGAGUUCCGCGAUUUGGUGACGUUCACGCGUGACGGAACUCUGCAGUGGGGCGAGCAGCUGUUGGGCCUGGGCACACGCACAACAGUGGAUCGUACGCCCACUAACACCAACUUCCGCCUCAGCAUCACCCGAGCCGGACGGAAGGAGGCUGGGACGUAUCAGUGUGCUGCCCUGCUCUAUCGGAGGAAUUAUGAUGGCACCUGGAGCACAGUGGCCAACCGCACAUCCAAUCCGCUGGGCAUCAGUGUACUGCAGCCUGUGAGUAAACUGCGAGUGCACAAGUCCAACCAGAGUCUGCAGUUUCUGGAAGACAGCCGGGUGCGUGUCAACUGCUCCAUCACCUCUCAAACCAGCCCUGAGUCUCAGCAUGCCGUUCGGUGGUAUGCCCGGAAGGCCGAACCGGGAGAGCCUGACGAGCUGCUGUUAAAGAUUGAACAUUCGGGGGCAUUUGAGUAUGGAGCGUAUGCGGAGGAAGAACGUCUGCGCAGCCGUGUGCAGUCAGAGAGGCUCUCUCCACGGUUAUACGGUCUUACCCUGCACCGUGCUGAGACUAGUGAUUCUGGAACCUACUACUGCCUUGUGGAGGAGUGGCUCAUGGACCCUGAUGGUGCCUGGUACCGCCUGGCACAAGACUCCUCUGGUUUUACACAUGUAGCGGUGAGACAGCCAGUGGUGAAAUUACAAGUGGAGGAGGUAGAAUCCAAUAUCACAAUACCUGAAGAUGGAUCAAUCCGGCUUGGAUGCAGCAUUCUCUCCCAAUCAUCUAAAGACUCCCGCUUCUCUGUGUCCUGGUACGUGUACUAUUUGGGUCAGCAGGAGGAAGAGGAGCAGGAGUGUGUCUUCUCCAUCGGUCAUGACGCGGUGUUUGGUAAUGGGAACUGCAGCCCCACAGAAGAGCCUGGUCCAAACUCUCGCCUGCAGUUUGAGCGCACCACCUCUGACCUGUACAGUCUGACCAUACAGAAAGCCCGGCCCAGAGAUGCAGGCAGGUACCACUGCCAUGUGGAGGAGUGGCUGCUGAACCCACGCAAUGCCUGGUACCGCCUGGCCACCAACAACUCUGGAGUCACCGUUGUUAAUGUUCUGGAGCAGGACUCAACUCUACAGUCUGUGGUUUGUUCCAACGACUCGCUCUUCUACUUCGUCUUCUUCUACCCUUUCCCUAUCUUCGGCAUCCUCCUCAUCACAGUCCUGCUGGUGCGCUACAAGAGCCGCAGCUCCAACAAGAACCAGGAGGGCAAGAACGGAGCGCCCCUCCUUUGGAUCAAAGAGCCCCACCUCAGCUAUUCCCCAACCUGUCUGGACCCCCCUGCUCUCAGCCUUCACCCUGGCUCUGUGGAGUAACAGUGACGAGAACAUGACCCUGUCUCCCUCAGAGACUCGCUCAUCUACACAAUUUCUUUGACUUGCUCUCUUUUCUUCAUCUCCUCGUCUAUGAUGAGGCCAAAAGUAUCUGGCCUUCUAGCCUGGCCUGUCACUCCGUCCAUAUAACUAACUAAAUACUUUCCUCAGUUAAAGUUGCCAUGACUACAGAGGCUACUGGUGGUGAUGCCUAGACAUUUGGCUUGCUUUCUUUUUCCAGAUUUUAGUUUUUUGUUCACAAACUUGGUUUUUACUUCUCAUUCAUACUCGUUCCUUUUAGGUGGCAGUGCCUGUGAGCCUUGAUGUAUUUGACCACUUUGGCACGUGACCUUUGCCAACCUCUUGGCCCCUGUUCCCUUUUCAGGAUAUUUUUGCUUUUUCUCUGGUCUAUGACCAUGGUGCAAACCAUUGCAUAUUAUUUGUUAUUUUGUUAUUAUGUCAGUGCUGAUUUUUGCUGUAAAAGACUGUAAGGUGGUUGCUGGACCAUGAAAGCUUCUAGAGACAAAGGUGUAUGGAUGAAGAACGAAAAAGGACAAUUUUUCAAAAAAAGAAAGAAAUCUUGAAAAGCAGACAAUGGAUGUAUAUUCUGUGAUUUUGUGUGUGCACCACAGAACUGCUCUGAGAACUGCUCUGCUUAAAUAGAUAUUAAACAGACUAUUUAGAGCCCUUAUUCCCACUGAUUCCAGGAUAUGAAUCUAACCCCAGCUCAUCGUCACUGCCAAAGACCAAUUCAAAAUUCAAAAGUCACAAAUUCAGAAUUACGAUUUAAGGUUAAGGAUUAGGCUUGAGAAGAUCAAAUCAUUGUAGCUUGACUUUCCAAAAAUUCCAUAAUGCAAACCAUUGAAUUUUGCCCAGCUGGAAAACACAGUGACAUAUUUCUUUGUCACUGGUUUCAGUUGUUUCUUCACGCCCUCAACUUUGCUGACCAUUCUGUUGGUCAUUUUUAUUUCCAGGUCCUUUUCAAUGUGCAAGGAUAUCCAGUUACCUUCAGAAAACCCUUCUGAUACAAGUAUAUGAGUGUGUCUUUGUGUAUAUAUGGCCCCACAUUUAGUGUCCGAUAUUUCCAAAAUGCAAGGCUGAAUGGAGACUAAGGGAAGAACUGUUGGGCAUCAAGUGCUUUUUCGCUUCUCCUCGAUCUUGAGAGAAUCACUAAAGACUGCUGACUCGAGGGACAUUCUGAGUGCCAAGACCUUUGUAUCAUUAUCCGUGGCCUGCAAAUAACCCAGGAGGGAAAUAAAGCUUGUUGGCUUUGUGACAUUCUGCAUAUAUGAAUUCUCAGCUCCUACAAAACAUUUCUGGGACUUGUAGGCUUAUGAAGGGUUCUUAAUUUUGACGAUUAGACAUUUGUUAUAUCUAUAUACAGUAAGUCACAUCAAAUGUUGUUUCUCUUCUCUUUAUGGGUUUGUGUUUGAAAUAUGGUGCCCGACCUUUGUAUUACUGCUGAAAAAAUAUUGCAAAAACAUAACAUGCCAUUUCAUAACCUGUGGUCACCUAAUAGUUGUGAGAGAUAAAUGUGUGAUCAUAUCUCUAAUGGGAGAAUCUAAGACUUAAAUUAUUGUUUGUGUCCAUGAACUCUACAAAAAGACACUGCCAACAUAUUUUGACUACUUGAUCAUCACAACACAUUAGCUCCAUCUUGAAAACAUUUGUGUGUGUGAACUUUCAUUAUUAGUGUGAAUGAAUUGUAUCUUUCCAUUUUAUUUUAAGUGCAUGUCACAGACUGCCAAACAUAAUGUGUUGAACAUGCAGUCGGACACCGAAAUGGACAUGGCUCACUUUUAUACAACAUGCUAAAGAUGACCUUGUUCUUCACACUUUGACAGUGCGACACUAUGUUCUCUCAGUCUCUCAGAGCCAAGGCCAGUGUCGCCUUCAUGUGAUCUCUAUGGGCAACUGAUAUAUGUAUUUGAAAUAUUGCAGCUUUUCUGUAAAUGCCAUUUAGAUCCAGUUAAAGCUUGUGGUUGUCUAAUUUAUAGAACCAUAAAACACCUAGAUAUGAUAUAUGAACUUCAUAACUCUGCAUAGACAUAAUUUGGCGUAAACGGUGAACAUUUAGACAACUGUAACAUUUAUGUAAUGUGGCUGAGAAAUUCUGAAGACUGUUUGGAGAAUCUUCAUUUAGAUGAUACAGUGAUAAUCUAGCUCUCUUAAUCUCUACUAAAUUUCGUCAAACUGUAUAGUGCAUGAGUAAGGGGGCAUUGUCAUGUCUGAAUCUCUUGAGAGUUUUGUUUUGUGACAUCAUGUCGGAUCAAUGCUCUCAAUCUCCUUCUUUUGGAAGGCCUUGCUGAUCCAACAGACCUGUUCAAUUGAAUGAGUUUUUGUCAUCUUUCGGUAAUAACGCUGUGAUCCUGGCCUGGUUGUUCAUAGUUAACACUUUUGCUAAAUAUACCGUUUGAUGCUUUAAGAGAUAGUUUACCCAAAAAUUCUAAUUCUGUGAUCAUUCUUUAUGUAGUUCCAAACCCGUUUGGUUUUUUCCAUAGAACACAAAAAGCCUUUAUAGGCAGAAUGUAAGUCUCGGUCACCAUUCACUUUCAUCAUAUGGGGAAAAAAAAGAAGCAAAGAAAGUGAAUGGUGACUGGGGCUUACAUUCUGCCUAACAUCUCCUAUUCUGUUCCACAAAAGACAAAGUCAUAAAGGUUUGGAAAAACAUGAGGGUGAGUAAAUGAUGACAAUUUUAUCUUCAAUUGCAGGCCACAUUCACACUUAUACAUUGGAUGGAUUUUGCUACGUUCACUCCUCUGUUCCAUAACGAAACGGUGUUUUCCUCCACCACAAAGAGACUUUCGAAAACGCUUCCCAGUACUGCAUACUUUAGAACAUGAUUACGUUAGGAUACAGAAGAAUGUAUGAGUAUGAACUUGGCUUAAACCUACAAAUUUAUUCUGCCAUCUUUUCAAUUAUGCAUUCCACAAUCAAGUUCUAUGACUUGGUCAUAUGGGCUGGCCUUCCUCAAAAAGGAUAUGAAUACUGUGACAAGUGUAAAAUUGCGGUUCUGCUGUCAUUCAAUUUGUACAGAAUUCUUCAGAACUCUUAAAUAGUGUUUUUGUAUUUGCAAAUGCCCAGCUUAAUCAUAAUGUUCUCACAAUGUUGUAAAUGCAUUUUGAGGGCUGCAUGUCAUGACUGUGUAUUGGCAGAGUAGCUGCAGAAGAAAAACAAAAGAGAUAAAAAAACAUUGUGUUGAUGUGUGUUCAGUUCAGCAAGUGGUGAUUUUUGUUCUUUUUUAAAAUAACCAAAAUAGUGCACUGAAUAUUAAAAAUAAAAAAGUUGGCAUCGUUUUUUAAUGCUUAUGUGUUUCCGUAUGUUGUACUGUUUAAUUUUUGUUGUUUCUUUUAUAUCUCUACAUAUAUUUUAUUGAAUUGUAGCAAUUGCUAAUAUCAAAAGGCACUUUGCUCUUAUCGGCUGAUUGCAAUAAAACAUUCGGUGCACAUUG